ACCGCUGGGUGCAGUUCUUCAUGUUAGCCGAAACCAUAUUGUUAGCAGACAGCACUGACAAGUGGCUCCUACUGUGUGGCCGUUAAACACAUAUCUGCUUAUUAAACCAGUGUGAGGAGUUAUAAUCGAGGUUCUCCGACGAACUGCUACGCCAAGAUGAGCUUCCUGUUUGGCAGUCGCUCAUCCAAGACCUUCAAGCCCAAGAAGAACAUCCCAGAGGGCUCCCAUCAGUAUGAGCUGCUGAAGCAUGCUGAGGCGACUCUGGGCAGCGGGAACCUGAGACAGGCUGUCAUGCUGCCCGAGGGAGAGGAUCUCAAUGAGUGGAUCGCUGUCAACACCGUGGAUUUCUUCAACCAGAUCAACAUGCUGUACGGCACCAUCACCGAGUUCUGCACUGAGACCAGCUGCUCUGUGAUGUCUGCCGGACCAAGAUAUGAGUACCACUGGGCUGAUGGCACCAACAUUAAGAAGCCUAUCAAAUGCUCUGCUCCCAAGUACAUAGACUACCUGAUGACCUGGGUUCAGGAUCAGCUGGAUGAUGAGACACUUUUUCCCUCCAAGAUUGGAGUUCCCUUCCCCAAGAACUUCAUGUCUGUGGCCAAAACCAUCCUGAAGCGUCUGUUCAGGGUUUACGCUCACAUCUACCACCAACAUUUUGACUCUGUGAUGCAGCUGCAGGAGGAAGCCCACCUCAACACCUCCUUCAAGCAUUUCAUUUUCUUUGUUCAGGAGUUCAACCUUAUCGACCGGCGAGAGCUUGCUCCCCUGCAGGACUUGAUCGAGAAGCUUGGAUCCAAGGACAGAUAGACAUUUCAUCUCUCAUUUUUUUUUAACAGUUUUUCUCCAUUGUCCCUCUCUGUGACCUCUGCUACCUCUAUGACUUCUAGUCUCAACACUUAAAAUGUGUGCCUUCUUCUUUUCUCUUCUUUCACCUGAACAUUUUUUGCUGUACUUUUCCUUUUAUCCUUCCUGUUGUCUUUUAUGCUGUCGUUGAGCCUUUUUUCAUCAUUGUCCUUCUAGAUCAUAAAAAUAGUGUAGUGUAGUAAAAGUAUUUUUUCACAGGACUGUGGUUAACGACUCUUUAAGAGCAACCUACUGAAUUUUUUAUUGGACCAAGGACAUUUGGAAGUUAAAGUGAAAGCCAGCUUUUUUUUCUUCAAAAGUUGGUGCAUAGUGUUUUUACAUAUUGAUAGGCAAUUUUAUUUUUGUUAACUGUUAGCUAUUUCAAUUACAAAGACUGACCAAAUAUCCCAAUCUUUUAAAAAAAAUGUUCUGUUAUUAGGGUACAAUGAGAGUAACAAGAAGAAGAAAUGUAGCGACAUGAAACAGGUUUGGGGGUAGACUUUGCACCGGUGACAAUGCAAGCUGAAGGCAGGCACAGAAAUGCACCAACGUGUAUCUGAUAUCCAACAUAUGGGAACAUGAUUUCGUUCACAUGCUUUUUGACUAAGUAAAAAUGCUAAGAGGCACAUGGAUGGAUGAUUGUGAGAGGCCUUUAUUCUUGCCCCACAAUAACGCCACCUUCGACUGCAUUGUAGCUAUUUCAGUUUGAGAUGGUUAAUUGAAAUAGUAAGAUGCAGGAUAUAGUGCUUACAGUGAUAUCUUUAAUCUGCUUUAUAGUUAUUAUGAAUAGCUACUUGCCAGCAGCUUGCAAAAUCAUGACCCUAUAAGGGAGUUGUAUAGUAAAAGUCAUCAUGUCAACAGCAAAAAUAGUCUAAUGUGAAUUUUUAGUUUUUACUGUCAUAGUUCAUUUCUGUGGUGCCGAUAAAUUGUGGAACUCUGGAUGUUUGUUCCCUCAAUGCUGGUACUUAUUUUCUUUCUUUCUUUUUUUUUUAACUAAAGACUUUGCCCCCUGGUUUGGAAAAUAGAGUCAUAUCUAUUGCACCUGUGCAUGAAAAGGAUGAGUGUCCUGAGAUGUAUGUAGUUUUCCCACAGAUGUCUUUAUUAAGUCUUGGUGCAUGUGUAAUUAUCGUGGUCACUUCCUGUGCUUAACUCAGGUUACAACAGCAGGGCUGUUUGUAUUGCCAUCCCUUUACAAACAAAUGCAGCGAGUACUAAUGCAUGAUUUAUUUGGCAACGUUUGAGCGAGGGACAUUGGUGCAUAUCCUACAUCACGUUGGACCUAAAUUCAUGACAGACAAUCAUGUAACCAAUCAGACAGAAGAGAUGUUAGAUUACUGAAUGCAUCACCAGGAACCAGCCAAUGUGAUGAGGUGCACUAGAUUGUUCAUUUAAUUAUUUUCCACUUUUUAAGACUGUUUUCACAUCAAGGCGAUGGUGUUCUUCAAAGCCUUUCAACAAUGUGAAAAACAAUCCUUUUAUUUGCAAUUUAUUCACUUAUGAGUCCCUUAAGUUGCUGGAGAAAAAUCUCAAGCUUGCAUCCGAUUAGUCAUCUGGAGGCCUGUUGAUAUAUUUUGCAAGACCGGGUUAUAUUUUAGAGAUUUUAUUUUAAUAUACAACUAGUCCUUUCAAUCUAGUCACAUAUUAUAAAAUGUAUUCCUUUUUCUUACACUUUUGUUGUUAAACUUUUGGCAUGGAGUUACAUUUCAAAUCACAGUGUAAAAUAAAGUGUUGACUUUAUACCUUUUGGAUCAAAGAAGGAACAAGGGCUUUGAAAUGAAUUAAAAGUUUUAUAUAUUUACAUUAAUGGUCAAAUCAUUGGGUGGUCAUUUUGACUCGGAGAAGUCAAUGUAUGUACUGCGUCCAAACAUUUGCUGUAAAUAAGAUCAGUGUUUUAUCUGAACAAAACUGUGCCUUACGAAAAUGUCUGAUAUGACAGUAUUGGUAGAUUUAAAACUCAAUAAAAACCGA